AUGUACCCCCUGCUUCCCCUAAUUUUCACCUCUGAUUCUCCUCAUUUCCACCCCCUUGUUUCCCCUCAUUUCCCCCUUGCCUCCCCUGAUUCCCUCCCUCCCUCCCUGCUUCCCCGUAUUUCCCCCCCUGCUUCCCCUCAUUUCCGCCCUGCUUCCCCUGAUGUCCCCCCCCCCCCACUGUUUUCCCUCAUUUCCCCCCUUUCUUUCCCUGAUUUCCCCCCUUACUUCGCCUCAUCCCCCCCCCUGCUUCCCCUCAUUUCCCCUGCUGCUUCCCCUAACCCCCCCCUGCUUUUCCUCAUUUCCCCGCUUCCCCUCAUUUCCGCUCCUGCUUUCCCUCACUUCCCCCCCUUCUUCCCCUCAUUUCCCCCUCUGCUUCCCCUCAUUUCUUGCUUUUCCUCCCUUCUUUCCCUCAUUUCCCUUGCUGCUUCCCCCGAUUCUUUCUCUCCUCCCCUCAUUUCGCCCCCUGCUUCCCCUCAUUCCCCCUCCUGCUUUCCCUCCUCUCACCCUCAGUUUUUCCUCUACUUCCCCUCACUUUCCCAUUCCGGGCUUUACCGCCCGCCAUCUCCCAACUCGUCCAAUCUCCUCCCUUCCAUCUCUCCCGUCUUCCCUCGCUCCCCUCUUCCCUCUCUCCCCUCUUCCCUCUCUCCCCUCUUCCCUCACUCCCCUCUUCCCUCUCUCCCCUCCUCCCUCUCUCUCCUCUACCCUCUCUCCCCUCUUCCCUCUCUCCCCUCUUCCCUCUCUCCCCUCUUCCCUCUCUCCCCUCUUCCAUCUCUCCCCUCUUCCCUCUUUCCCUCCCCCCUUCCCUGUUUCAGAGGUGGCGGACAUCAAGAAGGCGAGCAGGUGGCGGACAUCAAGAAGGCGAACCGCAUUUCGACAGACUCGCAGAUGCUCGCCUCUAUUCCACAUCUCCCCCCUUUCCUUCUUCCUGUCACAUGUUCUCUCUUCUCUGUCCACUGGACUUCAUGUUGUGCCAUCACAGCCUACGAGACGGGGAGCCGGCGGCAAUUCAAGGCGGCAGCUCCGGUGCUCUCGGGGCUCCUUCACUCGCCCAUCGCUCCUGCGGGCUGGGAAGGCCAGGCCGCUGGUAACAUCUCUAUCCCCCACCCUCCUCCUCCCUCUCCUUUCCUCCCUCCUCCCCUCCCCCACCCUUUCCUCCCCCUCCCCCCUUCCCCCUUCCUCCUCCCCCCUUCUCGCGCGCAUCACGCGCGCUCGUCCCUGAGAGCACGUGCUGCGACGUGCGCAGGGCGCACACCUGCUUGCCUGCACGGCGCUCAAAGCGCUCAACACGCGCGCGCUGGCUGCCCCAACACGCCCCCGACCCCCCCACCUCUCCGCGUGUUGCGCUUUUCCACGGAGGGCGGCUUGCGGUUCUACGACGUGGCGGCGGGCAAGGGCACGCUGGCGGAGCGCGGCGACCCCGUCGUGGUGCACUUUGAUGUGACGUAUCGCAGCCUCACGGUGGUGUCGAGCCGCCAGUCCAAGCUGCUGGGCGGCAACCGCGUCAUCUCCCAGCCGUACGAGUUCUCCCUGGGCGCCAAGCCAGGCGCGGAGAGGAAGCGGGACUACGCGGAGUCGGCCAACGGACUCUUCUCCGCGCAGGCCGCCCCCAAACCGCCCCGCGCGCUCUACAGCGUUGUGGCGGGCAUGCGCGUGGGGGGCAAGCGCACAGUGAUUGUGCCGCCGGAGCAAGGUUACGGUGACAAGGGCUUCGCUGAAAUCCCUCCCGGCGCCACCAUCCAGCUCACAGUGGAGCUGCUUGAGGUCAAGGCCCCACCCUCAUAG